AUGCAUCUGCCAUGGAAGAAGAUGAAGACCGCGAGGAUUUCCCAAUUCGUGAACGACCAUCUCCACAGAUCCCAGAAGCGGCGGGACCUAUCGUCUCUCCUUGUCGAGACCGGCUUCCCAACCUCUCUGGUAGAUCUUUUCUUAAAAAAUCGCGAGAAAUUAAAAAACUUGUCCAAGAGAAGAAAGGGUCAGCACAAUCCCACGAUCGCCGGAUCAGAGCCCCCUCCUCACUCGAUCUCGCCGGAGCUUUCGCCGGCAGUUGCAUUUUCGCCCGUGCGGGUUCCGGUCGAGACUAAUGAUGGUUUGGAUGAGAGGGACUGUGUUGUUGAGACAUGUGUGGAUGUGAAUGCGGUUUUGUUUGUGGUUCUGAAAGUGUUCUUUGUUGUGGUUUUAGCUUUGGGGACAAAAAGAUUGACUGUUGGGAUCACAAUAUCGGCUUUCCUGUUGUUUUUGCUGGAUUAUGUGUGUAAACACGCGCGUUUUGUGUUGAAACCUUGUUCAAAGGCCAAAGGGGCUUUGAAAACCACAGUAUUUGGAGUUUUGAAGUUAUUGAGAUUCCUGGAGGUUAGUUCUGAUCAAGAUAAUUUUUCGAAGAGGUAUGAAUGUCAUGAAGAGAUUCAAGUUAAGAAAGUGUUAGAUGAAAUUCAGCUUCAGCCCGAGGAUGAGAUGAUUGAAGAAAGGUCUUGUCAAGAAAUGGAAUUCAAAGAGGCUGUUUCGAUGGAGAAAGAAAAGUCGAAGACGAAAUCGAAAAAGUUCAAGCUAAAAUCAAAGAUGAAGAAAUUCGUCCCGAAAAAAUUAAGGGGUGUAAGAAAAGAACACCAGCAGCAGCAAAGGGUUUUGGAGAUUGAUGGAGAAGAAGAUAAAUGUGAUUUCUCGUGUAGUGACAUAUCCUUGUCCUCUGUUUCUAGACGAGGGUAUGAAGAAAAAGAGGUCGAUAAAACGAGCGCUGCACUUACUUUGUGCGAACUACUAACAACAAAGAGGGAAGAAGGAAAUACAAUCGAAGGCGGAGGAUUAUUAUUAACUUGGAAACAUUUAGUACUACUAAGUGUAAUUGUUCUUGCUGGCCUAAUCGAGGGCCGAGCAUUCGCAGUUCUAAUCGUGCUCUCGUGGUUCUUGAUGCUGAAAUUGGGUGAAAAAUUACCUCAACCUGUUCUCUUUGCUACUAUUAUCACCUGUAUGGUCUGCCAAGCAAUUUGGUAG